GUUUCUUGUUUUAGCCACUGCCUGGGGUUAUUUGUUGGUUUUUGGGGCUGGGGUUUUGAUACUAGUAUUAUUUUUCAGGUGGGCAGUUUCCAAAAUGGCUUCUUGUUCUUCUUCCACAGCAGCUAUGGCUAUGGCUAUAACCAUUUUUCUGUUUUUGUUGAGCUUUGUUACACCUGUGUUUCUUGCUAAACCUACACAUCAUGCUCACCAUCCUCGUUUUGCUUCUCAUAACUAUAGAGAUGCUCUUGCAAAAUCCAUUCUUUAUUUUGAGGGUCAGAGGUCAGGGAAGCUCCCUUCUAGCCAGAGGAUUACUUGGCGUAAAGAUUCUGGUCUUUCAGAUGGCAAAGCUAUGGGGGUUGAUUUGGUUGGUGGAUAUUAUGACGCUGGAGACAACGUUAAGUUCGGUUUCCCAAUGGCAUUCACCACCACAAUGCUAUCAUGGAGUGUGAUUGAGUUUGGUGGAUUGAUGAAAGGAGAGCUACUGAAUGCAAAACAAGCAAUUGGUUGGGCUACUGAAUAUCUUCUCAAGGCCACAGCCCAUCCAGACACCAUUUACGUUCAGGUUGGAGAUGCAGGAAGUGACCACUCUUGUUGGGAGAGACCUGAGGAUAUGGACACCCCAAGAAGUGUGUACAAGAUUGACAAAAACACUCCAGGGACUGAAGUUGCUGCUGAAACUGCUGCCGCUCUCGCUGCUGCUUCGUUAGUCUUUAGGAAAUGCAACCCAUCUUACUCCAAGAUACUAAUCAAAAGGGCCAUCAGGGUGUUUGCCUUUGCUGAUAAGUACAGAGGUUCAUACAGCAAUGGGCUGAGAAAAGUAGUGUGCCCGUAUUACUGCUCAGUUUCCGGAUAUGAGGAUGAGCUGUUGUGGGGUGCUGCUUGGUUACAUAGAGCCACAAAGAACCCAACUUAUCUCAAUUAUAUCCAAAGAAAUGGGCAAACUCUUGGGGCCGCGGAGACUGAUAACACAUUCGGGUGGGACAAUAAGCAUGUUGGAGCAAGGAUUCUUCUUUCCAAGUCAUUUCUUGUUCAAAAGCUUCAAACUCUUCACGAUUACAAGAGUCACGCAGACAACUACAUUUGCUCCCUCAUUCCAGGCACACCGGCUUCUCAAGCGCAAUAUACACCAGGAGGGCUACUCUUCAAAAUGGAUGACAGCAAUAUGCAGUAUGUUACCUCCACUUCUUUCCUGCUAGUCACCUAUGCCAAGUACUUAACUUCCGCUCGCAUGGUUGUUAAGUGUGGUGGAGUUGUCAUUACACCAAAGAGGCUUCGAAAUGUAGCCAAAAAACAGGUGGACUAUUUGUUAGGAGACAAUCCACUAAAAAUGUCAUACAUGGUGGGCUAUGGAGCUAGGUAUCCACAGAGGAUUCAUCACAGGGGAUCCUCAUUACCCUCAGUCGCGAACCAUCCAGCAAAGAUACAAUGCAGGGAUGGUUUCAGUGUGAUGAAAUCACAAUCACCAAACCCGAAUGUACUAGUAGGGGCUGUGGUAGGUGGUCCUGAUGAGCACGAUCGUUUCCCAGACGAGCGAUCAGAUUACGAGCAAUCUGAACCUGCCACUUACAUUAAUGCUCCACUAGUUGGAACACUCACUUACCUUGCUCACUCAUUUGGCCAACUCUAAGUCCAAGUGUAGUAGAUUCAAGAAUGAAGCCAUGUUGGUCUUUUGUUUUUCUCUUUUUCUUAUUGCUUUGUUGAUCACUAGUAGUAAUAUAAUAUAUAGUCUAAUCUUAUUGGGGAUGUGCUGGUGUUGUGGGUGUAUUGGCUGAGACCCCAAAAAAGAGGCUCCAGCCCCCCCCCCC